GCCAUUCGGGCGCUGGGUCUGUGCCCUAUGCACGGCUGGGGCAUAUAAAUCAUCUCAAUUCUUCUUAACCCACUAGUUUACCCAUCCUUCGUCACGCAUACCCAUACUAUAUAACUAGGUAUUCCAGUUAUAUACAUACACCCAAACCCGCAAGUCAACAUGACUAUCAAUGCAUUCCAUUUAUUCCCUUUUCUCCCUGCGGAAAUCCGACACGAAGUAUUCUUCUUAGCUACACCGCACCGCAUCGUCCACAUUUCACAACAUCAUGAAGACAUAGAUGACUUCUUCGAGCGGUUCGACGACUUAUCUCCAUGGCAGGUUAAACUAGACCCAUCCUUAGCCUAUCUUGCUCGGAAUUGGCGCGAACGAAUCUUGUCGUAUAAAGAUCUUUGGUCGCAGAUGAAAUUGGAUUUUUACGGGUUUACAACCUCGCGUCCAGUACAACGUCCAUGGGAACCCUCUCAGUUAACUCCCGAGAUUCCUGUUCCUUGGUUAUUCGAACAUCACCAAGUAGCAUAUGAGCUCCUCCGGAAGAGCUAUAUAUAUAGUAAAGCACCCGUUCCGGCGCUUCUUCAUACGUGUGUAGAAUCGCGACGCGUGUUAAUCAAUGCUGGAUACCAGCUUGCAUUCGCGUCUCGUAACCACGGACCACGGACUUGGUUCAACUUCAAGAACGAUGUGCUCUGUCUCAAAUAUUAUGGACCCAGAGAUAACAUCAAUCUAUUAGAUAAUGGCCCAUGGGGUACUGGAAAUAUUGAUACUCAGAGCUUACAGCAAGUUCGAAAGCUAGCGAUAGAUAUUGCACCCCCCCUUUUAAUCUCAGGCUAUGAAUAUGACACGGAAGAUCCUGCUUUGAGUACAAUUCGAUUACUACCUAGGCUUGAAAAGAUAUAUGUCAUUGAAUGGGACUUAUCAUUGUUCGACGACCACCUCGUCCGGAAAUCGACAAGGCCAUCAACCCCAGAUGCGGGCACAGAACGAGAGCCAGUUUCAUAUGGGCGCGAACCCUGGAGAUUUAUUCCCGUUGAAGAAGUUGACUCAUUGCUCGGAUUGACUGUUCAAUACCCUUACUGGCGCUACGGCAUCGGCUGUAUGGGCUACAAUGCACGGAGCUUGGCGAAUUUCGAAGGACCUACUGGCGAAUACUUCUCCCACGUAAGAGAGUAUACUAAAAAUUGUAUCAGGCUUGAUAUGGAUAGUGUGGCGAAGGAAGAAUCCGUAGCCCCCUAUCAGGUGCCCGAGGUUGAAUUUGGGCAUAUCUUUACGGAAGCCGGGGUUAGACGGCUAUUUAACGAUCGUCAGGAAGUGUGGAGGCAGUACAACUUGUCAAUCAAUGGACCAAAGCCUAUCAAUGAAACAAAGCCUAUAAAUGGAACAAGGCCUCCUCUGCCCAGGCCGGUAACACCAACUGAUUUAUAUUGGCAAGACGAUUGGGACGCGUUUGACGAAGCUCACUAUUCUUACCACCACGUAGAAACGCAUCCCGCAGACUAUUUGCUACGGCAUAGAAAAGUUUGUCAGCCAAGAAGAGAGCUGCUAACGGAGCCAUGAGUGCCAACCACGUCCACUUGGCAAGGAAAAAGCCAUGUCUGGCAGUUAUAUUGAGCGCCUUUGGAUGUCAUAUCUCUCAGGCACCGAGAAACAAAUCUCCCAAAUGGGGACACUAUAAUAGGUUCGAAAAAGGGAUAAUCACGUAAUAGGAUACAUUAGGUACUGAUCAGUAGUUUUUACAGCAUCUAACUAGUAGUUAAUCUAUAGAGUCUUUUAGAAG